CGAAACCAAAAACAAAAAAAAAAUAUCACUGAGCUGCAAAAGUAAGAGCAAGACACAGGAGGACAGAUGACGAUGACUGAAUUCAGACUUUUGGCUUCUCUGUUGAUUUGGGCUGUUGCAUUCCCCUGUGAUGGCACUUCAACUGAACUAACUGCACUCUUUGGUAGAAUAAGUUCUCCUGGGUUCCCAAAACCCUAUUCCAAUGAUCUCACCAUGAACUGGAAUAUAAAAGUCCCUGAAGGAUAUCGUAUCAAAAUCUACUUUACAUACUUUAACCUGGAGCUAUCAUAUUUAUGUGAAUAUGACUACCUUAAGCUGUCUUCAAAGGGAACUGAAGUGGCACAUUUCUGUGGUAAAGAGAGCACUGAUACAGAGAAAGCCCCUGGAGACUCUGUAUUUUACUCUCUAGAUAACAAAAUGACUGUCACCUUCAGAAGUGAUUACUCUAAUGAGAUGGAAUUUACUGGUUUUGAUGCAUUCUAUUCUGCAGAAGACAUUAAUGAAUGUAAGGAAACCCCAGAAUCCUGUGAUCAUUUCUGUCACAAUCACCUUGGUGGAUUUUCCUGCACUUGUAGAGCCGGUUUUACAUUACAUAGCGACAAGAAAAUAUGUCAAGCUAAAUGCCCUGAUGCGGUGUACAAAAGAUCAUCAGGUACAAUCACAAGCCCGGAUUACCCAGAUGCCUAUCCUAAACUUUUCAACUGUAAAUACAGGAUUCUUGUUGAGGAAGGAUUGUACAUUAUUCUGAAGUUUCUACACUUCAAUGUGGAAUUUCAUCAGGAUGUUCCAUGUCCUUACGAUAAACUGCAGAUCACAGCAAAAGGGAAAGAAAUAGCCCUGCUCUGUGGCGAAACAAUACCUACAGACAUAGAAAUCCGCAGUAAUGAAGCUGAAGUGUUUUUCAGUACAGAUGAUUCUGGCUACCACACUGGAUGGAAGAUUCAAUAUACCACAAAAGCAAUUCCAUGUCCUGACCCUAUACUGACAAAUAAAGGUCAUUUUACUCCACAACAGAAAACAUAUGUGGCAAGGGACCGUCUAUCUCUUACUUGUGACAAGGGAUUUGUACUUCUGGAGGAUUCAAGAACAAUACCCUCAUUCACAAUGACCUGUCAGCCCAAUGGAACAUGGGACAAAAAGCUGCCAAAGUGCAUAAUUGUUAACUGUGGUAACCCUGAUGACAUAGACAAUGGAAAAUAUACCUUUGUGACAGCAAAAGAAGUGACUUUAUACAAUUCAGUUGUGCAGUAUGAAUGCACAGGACCUUUUUAUUACAUGAAAGACGGGAAAGGAAAGUACAGGUGUGGAGCUGAUGGGUUCUGGGGAGAUAUUGAAUCUGAGAAGACAACACCUCCAGUCUGUGCACCUGAUUGUGGAAUGAAGAAAGCAGUAGCUGGCGGACGUAUAGUUGGAGGCCAAGUGGCAAGCAUUGGGGAAUUCCCAUGGCAAGUGUAUUUAAACGUCAAUAAUGAGAAGGGAGGAGGGGCACUACUACUGGACAACUGGAUUUUAACAGCAGCACAUGUAGUCUACUCUUACAAAGAUUUAUCAACCAUACUUAUAAAAAUGGGAUUCCUGACAACGCAGGACAGUGAUUAUAUAAGGAGCUGGCCAGAAGCAGUUUUUAUCCAUGAGGGCUACAAACAAGGAAGUUAUGACAAUGACAUUGCUCUGAUUAAACUUAAAGACAAAGUGCCUCUCAGUGAAAGCGUUCUUGGCAUAUGUCUUCCUACAAGAGAAAAGCGUUAUCAUAUUUCCCAAAAUGAGGGUGACAAUCAUGUAGGGCUUGUAUCUGGCUGGGGUCUAACUGACAGAAAUGUCCCUUCACGCAAAUUAAGGUUUGUUGAAGUGAAUAUUGUUGAUCAUAGCACAUGCAAAACUGAAUAUGCAAACCUAGGUGCACAAUAUUUAGUUACAGAAAACAUGAUAUGUGCUGGCUUUGAAACAGGUGGCAAAGAUUCUUGUGCUGGGGAUAGUGGAGGUGCCCUGGCAUUUAUGGAUAUAGAAAGCAAGAAAUGGUUUGUUGGUGGGAUAGUAUCCUGGGGAGUGGAUUGUGGAGUUGCAAGGCAAUAUGGUGUAUACACAAAAGUAACAAACUACUAUGACUGGAUACAGAAAACGAUUCAAUCUAAUUAAAAUAAAAUGAUAUGGAAAUACAUAUUACUGACUUUUAAUUUAAAAUAAAAAACUCUUUAUAUUCCUUUAUAUAAUUAUAUAAUUUCGUAUUUAAUUUGCACUCAAAGCUUGACAAAAGGCGAUGUGGCCUGAAACGUUGCCGUGAUGCCCCUGUGAAGCACGAAUAAAGGCAUUUUAAAUAUAUA